CUUUUCAGUUUUGUUUCUUCACAUUUUUAUCAGUUAUCUCUAAUCACUAUUGAAACACCUGUUCUUGUGUUUAUUUGCCGUAAGUGUUCCUAUGUUAAAAAAAUAUAAAAGUAGGGUCUUUGUUAAUAAUAAAUGAAAGACUAUCGAAAUGGCAGCAAUUUUAGGCGGUGGUUUAGGAGGGCUCUCCACAGGUUAUUAUUUGUUGAAAAAUAACGCAAACAACUCGAAUAAACUUAAAAUUUUUCUCUUCGAAGCUACAAAUCAAUGCGGAGGAUGGAUAAAAAGUAUUCGCACUAAAGAUUACUUAUUUGAACAAGGGCCAAGAACCAUUCGCCCGAAAGGCAUCACAGGUCUUAAUACUUUAAAUAUGAUGCAAGAUUUAGGGCUCAGUGAACACAUAUCUCCAAUUAGACCAGAUCAUCCUGCUGCAAAAAACAGAAUGAUCUUUGCAAACAAUGCUUUGCAUCUUCUUCCAUCUAGCCUCAAAGGGGUCUUCCAAAAAAAUGAACCAUUUUCAAAACCACUGAUUUAUGCAGUAUUUAACGAUUUAAAACAGCCUUACAAAGAAUUGAAAGACGACUCUAUUUACAAUUUUGUUGAUCGCCGAUUUGGUAGAGAAAUAGCAGACUAUGCAAUUUCCCCGAUGAUUUGUGGCAUAUGUGCUGGUGAUGCUAAGGAAAUAUCUGUAAAAUUCCUAAUGAAAACAUUGUUUGAGUAUGAACAAAACUAUGGUGGGGUAAUGAAGGGUUUAAUGAAAUCAAUGUUCAAAACAAAAAUACCGGAUGAUAUACAGUUAACCGAACUAGCUAAAGCAGCAAAAGAAGAAAAGUGGAGUGUGUAUACUAUACGUGGGGGCCUUGAAAUAUUCCCAAUUACACUCAAAACCUAUUUACAAGAUAGCAAUGUAAACAUGCAAUUUAAUACUAAAGUUGAGGAAAUAGAAUUUGUUGACUCAAGUUUGGUAAAACUUAAACAAAGUAAUGGGGAAGUCAUUUCAGCUAAUCAUGUUUAUUCUACCAUACCAGCUCAUAUUUUAUCUAGAUUAGUUGAACGGCAACAUCCUGACCUAUCUAAGAACUUAAGUGAUAUACCGUUUGUAACUGUAGGCAUAGUUAAUCUAUAUUUUUCAACAAACAAACCACUCAUAACUCCGGCUUUUGGGUUUUUGAUACCACCAAUUGAGAAUUCACCUAUAUUAGGUGUUGUGUUUGACUCUUGCUGUAUUCCUGAUCAAAAUGGGACAGUUUUAACAGUAAUGCUGGGUGGAAGAUGGUUUGAAGAGAAGUUCGGUGAAAAUGUAAAAAAGGAUAGUCUUCUUAAUAUUGCAAUGAAAGAAAUUAAAUCAAUUUUGAAAAUUGAUGAAGAUCCAUCAGCUUUUAAUGUUAAUAUACUCCAUAAAUGUAUCCCACAAUAUGUUGUUGGUCAUUAUGAACGAGUAGACACAAUAAGGCAAUAUAUUAGUGAAAAGAAUUUGCCCAUUUCUUUAAUUGGCAGUAGUUAUGAUGGUGUAGGUGUAAACGAUGUUAUUUAUUCUGCCAAGUCUCAAGUAGAACAGGAUUGUACAAAAACGUAGAAUAUAUGAAAAAGUCAAGACUGCAUUUAUACACAAAUAUAUUAUUUUAGUUUUUCAAAUGGGAUAUUUUGGUGCAAUAAUAACAUUAAUGUUAUUGAGAUGCCAUAUUAUGUUUUACCUGACGUGAAUUUACUGUGAUGGUUUGUGCAAUACAAUAAUAAUUUAUUUGUUAAAAAACUUCUUUCAUUAUUUUUAUAGGCCAUAGAUAUUUCAUAACAAAAUUAAAUGUUAUGCAACUUUAAAUGUAUGCAAUCUACAAUCUCUAUAAGUGAAACAAGUUGUCAAGGACAGGAAAUAUAAAAACAAAUUUAAACUCUUCAAAUAAUUUAGCAUAAAUAAAACUGAUUUAUACAAAUUUUGGGAUGAGAUGUUUUAAACAUUUAAUGAAACAAUAUUAGUAAUUAAGCAAUACCUGUAUUUGUUGUGAAUGUUACUAUGUCAUAAGAUAUUCUUUAUUGUUAAACAUACAUUAAAAUAAAUAAUACUUUUUUGACAUUUAUAAGUCCACCAAAAUGUGAUAAAGCUGUUAAAGGUAAAAAAAAUCUUAAGACUAGAAUAUGAAAAAGUGCAUAAAACUUACAACUACUUGUAGCACCUAUUUAAUAAGUUCAUUAUGCGUUGCAUUUAUAUUAACACAAGCAAAUGGUUAACCUAAAAGCUUUUUAAUAUCAAUUUUAUAUUGUCAGCAAAAGAAAAAUACUUGUUCUUAAAAUGCAAGUGUAAUUUAGUUUAAUGGAAAUAAUCUCAAGAUAUUUUAAUUAAAAACCUUAAAUGUUGUUAAUCUAGGAAUGGGUAAAUAAAUAUCACUCAGCGAG